UGAGACCCCGCCCUGGCCACCGUGUACUGCUGACCGUCACUCUCAUCUGUCCGUACAGGAGCAGUCGCGCCUACUCGCGUUAGCUUCCAUGGCGACCUACUAGAAAAGCAUUUUCUGCCGUCGACCCGCCGGUUAGCUCUCAGCUAACAGGCGUAUUAUCAAAUGGGAUGAUGUAGCGUACACGCUCUUUGGACAAACCACGCAUUAUCUUAGCAUGCUAAGCUAGCGUGGAGCCGUACAUAUUUGCAAGGAGAAACUAGGCAGUUACUAGAGCGAGCUAACCGCUGUAAGCUAACGCAGGCUAGCAUUCACCUGCAGGCUGUUCUUGCUAACUAACUGACGACGCCGCUGCUAGCUAACGAGAUGGAAAGUGUGAAGUUAAACGAGCCCGGAGCGCUUUCGGCAUUAUCAACACCACAGGGGAUAGUUGAUCCUGGAAGUGAGAGUAAUUCCGUGAAGCCAAGUGGAUUAACACCGCUCUCUGUGGGAAAGAGACCCUCCAUCGGGGAGGAAGACGGUGGGGGCGCAGAGGCGAAACUCUUCGGGAAGGGAGUUGCAGCCACCUCCCUUCUUCAGAUUGCGAUUCGUAACGGUAUCUAUCAAAACCAAGUUGCCAGCGCUAUCGGCGGUGCGGCCAAAAAUAUUAACAUGUCCGCCGUGAAAACAGCCAACAUUUACAAUCUGACAGCAGCCAGCAGCUCCACUUCUGUCAACUCUUUGCUGAGCAGGAGACGGCACAGACACAAGAGGAAUCUGUCUCUCGGGGCUCCGCCGACCAGCAGCUCGACCGGCGUGUCUUCUGCGGAGGCGGCCAGUCCCGCUCCAUCAGUCUCGCCGCUGAGCACACUCAGCCUGGAUAGGAGGACUUUUCUUCGGCAAAAACAGUCAAAGCAGCUUCAGGCCUCGGAUAAGACGUGGGUAAGAGCGGACCUCCGGCGGGGUUGCGUUCACGUCCACGACUGGCUCACGCCCUCCUACCCUCGGCCGGUGCUGUGCACAGUGGACACCACUGCUAAAGAGGUAGCCAGUAAGCUGGGAGGCAGCAAAGCUGGGGCUGUGCUGAGAAUUAACUGCAAAACCACUACUUUAACUGAUAAAAAUGACACGUGUAAAGAUAGUAAUGGACAGACUGAUGAUAUUGAAAGUCUUAGUGACAGUGUGGAUGUUAAAAAGCCCAAAGCAGGGGACAGUGAACACACUAAACAGUUUUAUCCUGAUACUAAACUGUCUUCUAACUUGUUGGAUGACAAAACCGCAAGUAACUCUUCAUCUGAGGUCUAUCUGAAUGACAUUGGGAUGGAUCUGAGCUUGAGUGCGGGAGACUGUUAUGGAGUCUACUCUGGUUCAGACAUGGAGAGCAGCACCUGUGAGGACUUCAGCCCAGGUGGACCCAGAAGCACAGAGCUGCAGGACUCCCUCAGUGAUGGGCUGGGUUUGGGCACAGACACCUCAGUGCUGAGCCCAAACUGCGACAGCGCCACGGAGGAACCCGACCCUUUUGAGAGCUCCUCGGAUGAUGUAGACCUCACCUCCUCUCCAAUACAUUCAGCAGACAACUCUGCAGCAGACCUGCCUUCUACAGACCCCUGCAGUGCUUCCAGCCAAGCGACGACCACAUUACAUGACACCGAAGCUGUUGAGAACACUGAUACCCCCAAAUUAAUCAAUCCUCCCUCUAAAUGCUCCAGCAGCUCUCAGACUCGACCCCUGACCAGCCAAGCAUCUGUCCAGCCUGACCCAGACAUCCCCGGGGGGAGCAGAGGAUGGCCGGAGCCCAUCAGUACUUGUCCGACCCCGUCUCUUUUCGUCCAGCUGCACGGUGGAGCUGUGCGGCGGCUGGGAGAAGAUGAGAGGCCUCUUCAGAUAUUAAAUGAGUACCUUACUAAUCUGGGCUUUGAAGACCCAUGGAGGGUGCAGGGGGAGGGGAUGAAUCCAGAAAUUGGCUGCCUGAUACGCUUCUACUUUGGUAAGCCUCGGAGCGUGGGCGGUUCUGAGCGCGUGCAGCUUUCUGGGGUGUUCAACGUGCGGAAGGGGAAGCUGGCGCUGCCGGUCAACCGCUGGUCAAAGCGUCAGGUCACACUGAGCGGAACCUGCCUCAUCGUCUCGUCUGUGAAACACGCCCACACCGGAAAAAUGCAUAUCCUCCCCCUCAUCGGAGGAAAGGUGGAGGAAGUGAAGAGACACAGCCACUGUCUGGCCUUCAGCUCAGCUGGUCCUCAGAGUCAGACUUACUACGUCAGCUACGACUCCUACACAGAGCACCUCCGCUGGCACAGGACGGCCUCUAAGAUUGCGUCCCAGAGGGUGAGCUCAGUCGACCUGUCGUGCUGCAGCCUGGAGGAGCUGCCUGCUCAGCUCUUUUACAGCCAAGACCUCACACACCUCAAUCUCAAAAACAACUUCAUUUCGCUCCACAAAGGUGUUCCAGCACUCACCAGGUUUUGUAAACUGAGAAGCCUCAGCCUGUCAAAUAACGCUCUGUCAGACUUUCCUCUGGCCUUGUGUGACAUCUCCUCGCUUACGGAGCUGAACUUGUGUGGAAAUCGUCUCUCGUCUCUCCCUGCAGAUGUAGGAACGAUGCACAACCUGCAGACUCUUCUUCUGGACGGUAACUUCCUGAGUUGUCUGCCUGUGGAGCUGGGCUCUCUGGAGGGACUGACCUACCUCGGCUUGUCCUUCAACUGUUUCGGCUGCGUCCCACCUGUCCUGGAGAAACUCAGAGGGAUGGAGAGACUCUGUCUGGCAGGGAACCAGCUCUCUGUCCUGGAUGUGGCUGGACUGCAGUGGUUGCCUGCCCGCCACAUAGAUCUCAGGCUGAAUCGGCUUCACAAGGUGACAGUGGGAGGCUCAGAGCAGCUGGUCCACAUCGUCCAGCUGGACCUGAGGGACACUGGUCUCCAGCAGCUGGAUGUCACAUCUCUCUGCAGGCUGGAACUCCUCCGCUGUGACAGAAACGCGCUCUCCCACCUCAGAGUGAGCGGCCACGCCCUCAAGAGCCUGCACGCUGCACACAACGAGCUGAAGUUGCUGGAGGUGCAACCGGUGCCAGAGAACCUGACUGUUCUGGAUUUGUCCUGGAACAAGUUCGCAUGUGUCCCUGAGUGGGUCUGUGAGAGCAGCAAACUGGAGGUGUUGGACAUCAACCAUAAUUCUGUUAAAGAGCUGCCCGUACGGCUGAUGUCCAGCGGGAGCCUGAGAAAACUGCUGGCAGGCUGGAACGACGUGAGUCGGCUGGUUGAGAGGCUGGAGAGGUCACAGCUGGAGGUCCUGGACCUGCAACACAACCACCUGACUGAGCUCCCACACAACCUGUUCAUCAAAGCACAGAGCUUGAGAUACCUAAACGCAUCGGCCAAUAAGCUGGAGAGCCUCCCUGCAGCCAGCCUAUCAGAGGACAGCUUCAGCAGCCUGGAGGAGCUCUAUGUGACCAAUAACAGCCUGACAGACAAGUGUGUUCCUCUGCUGAGCGGACAUGGCCACCUCAGGGUGCUGCACCUCGCCUACAACCAGCUGCAGACCUUCACUGCCAGUAAACUGGCACGGCUGGAGCAGCUGGAGGAGCUGGACCUGAGCGGCAACAGGCUGAGGGCCGUGCCCACCACCAUCCUCAGCUGCCAGCGUAUGCACACGCUCUCCGCCCACUCCAACUGCAUCAACACCUUCCCGGAGGUUCUCCAGCUGCCCGAGAUCAAGUGUGUCGACUUGAGCUGCAACGAGCUGACUGAGGUGACCCUGCCAGAGGCGCUUCCUCCGAAGCUUCAGGAGCUGGACCUCACGGGAAACCCUCGCCUCAACCUGGACCACAAGAGCCUGGAGCUCCUCAAUAAUAUCAGAUGUUUCAGGGUGGACCCGUCACCCUCAGCCCCGUGUGCAAAUGAAAGCCACGGGGCCCCUGCAGUCUGGAGCCACGGCUACACAGAGGCCUCUGGAGUCAAAAACAAGUUGUGUGUGGCUGCUUUGGCCCUCGAUAGCUUCUGUGGGAUUCGUGAAGCUCUGUAUGGAGUUUUUGACGGCGACAGGAAUGUCGAGGUGCCAUACCUGCUGCAGUGCACCAUGGGAGAUGUGCUGGCAGAGGAGCUUCAUAGGGGCCAGAGGCAGGAGGAUUACAUGAGCAACACAUUCCUCACCAUGCAGAGGAAAUUGGGCACAGCAGGGCAGAGGAUGGGCGGCUCAGCAGCUUUAUGUCACAUCAGACACGACCCGGUGGCUCCCGGGGAGCACAGCGGCUGCUUCACUCUGAAGGCUGCCAACGUCGGCAGGUGUCAGGCCGUUUUGUGCCGCGACGGCAAAGCUAUGCAACUCUCCACCACACACACUGUCAAAGAGGAGCCGGAGUAUGAGAGGGUCCGGCUGCAUAAUGCCAUCAUCACUGAGGACAACAAAGUCAGUGGUGUAACCGACUCCACCAGAAUUAUGGGAUACUCCUUCCUGUGCCCGUCUGUGACCCCCAGACCCCACGUGUCCACAGUGACCCUCACCCCGCAGGACGAGUUCUUCCUCCUGGGCAGCCGGGGCUUGUGGGACUCUUUGUCUCCCAGUGAGGCGGUAGACGCGGUCAGGAACGUACCGGACGCUCUGGCUGCUGCCAAGAAGCUGGUGACUCUGGCUCAGAGCUACGGCUGCUCCGACAGCCUCAGCGCUGUCGUCGUCCAGCUCAGUAUCACUGAAGACUGCUGCUGUUUCUGUGAGCCGCCGCCUCCGCCCCCCAGCCCAGGCCUGGGUGCACACACCAGCACACACCCCUACUCGGCGUCCGGUGACGGUGGCAUACCGCUGCCCCCAGCCUCCUCGGGAACAGUGAGCGAGCUGAGCAGCGAGUUCAGUACAUCUGAGAUGAGCAGCGAGGUGGGAUCCACGGCGUCGUCAGAGGAGCCGCCGCCUCAGACCGAGCCCCUGACGUCCCACCUGAACCUGCCGGGUCGAGCCGGCAUCCGCAGACCCGCCUGUGGAGGUGGGAGCUUCCAUAGACAGUUCUCUGGAGCUUUGUCUGACAACGGAGUCGAUAGCGAGGACGAGGAGCCCAUUGCUGGCGUCUUCUCCAACGGCAGUCGUGUAGAGGUGGAGGCUGACGUCCACUGUUUGCACCGUCAAGACAGCUCAGCGCCUCAAACGCAUGGUCAUGCUCAGUCAAGCACAAGCAUCCCCCCCACUGUCGCCUCGCAUCAUGAGCCUUCACCUCUUCCUUUCUCCUCGCCGUCUCCUUCCCCCUUCCCCCCGUCCUCUCCCGCCCUCGGUAGGGAGGCUCUGUCGGGCACUCUGGGUCGCAGGGCUCGAGCUAACGGCUCCGUGGCCUGCCAAGGAAGAAACCAGGACAUCAUAGAGGUGGCAGCCGAUGCCCCCGUCAGGAAGCAGGGGGGAUACUUCAACGCUCCCGCCCAGCCGGACCCUGAGGACCAGCUCAUCAUCCCGCCAGAGCUGGAAGAGGAAGUCCGGCAGAUCAUCCAGCAGCAGCAGCAGCAGCAGCCUGAACAAAUUCAAACACACAACCAGCAAGCACACAGCUACCAGAAACCUGCAGACUAUUUUGUCACACCCCUCUAACUUCUGCCACCCACCCACAACAGCUGGUGUCACCUUGUCAUCCAGGAAUUCAGUUUCAGGGAUGGAGAACUGAGGAACGAGGACAGAUCCUUCUGAACAUGCUUAUGGACCGGAGAGACCGUUUUGGUUGGUUUACUUUAUUUUCUACUGCCCCUUGAAACACAAUGCAAUUUUUAUAACACUUUAUGUUGAUUAAAUCUUCAGUGUAACUGAUUUUUUUAACCAUAUCUUUAAUUUGAAGAAGCACUUUGAAUGCUUUUAUUAGACUUUUGAGAUGAGUUCUAUGUUAAAUGGUACUUUGAAAUGUGGAACAUUCAGUUUUUGUGUUGUAGCAGACUUUUCCUGUUUGUGGCGGCUCAUGGCCUUACAGUUGUUGGAGUUAGUAAAACUGUUAAACUAACUCCUAGGAGUUUAAUACGUAAAAGUGACCUGGUCACAGUGAAGCGUACUAAUAUUCUCUGAGAGAAAAGAUUAUUUCAAACGUCUGAUGUUCUCAGGGGUGUGCAGAGUUCAGAGUGGUGCUGCAGUGAUGAGACGGGGUUGGGGGGCCCCACAGUUGUUGAAUGUUCUCAGAACAGCGUUACAGACUUCCUGACCACAGCAAAUCGCACAAGAGAGCUACUUUUGCUAUAUAAUAAAUCCAAGUUUUCAGAUAACCGCA